AUGGCCUCUUCUCGCGCUCUCGUCCUUUGUGGCGUCCUUGCCUCCCUGGCCCACGCGCUCCCGCAUUCUGGCGGCAGAGUGAUUAAGAGGCAGGUUGAGGAGCUUCGUGACAGCUACGACUUUGUUGUUGUCGGUGGCGGUACCGCGGGCUUGACCAUCGCUGACCGACUCACCGAGGCAUUCCCUGACCGAAACACCCUCGUUAUCGAGUAUGGAGUCGUCGAGGACGCCCAGGCCGUCUUCGAACCGCCCGGUGGCGGACCAGGCAACACGCGCCUCAAUAUCCAAUCGCUCCCCAUCCCGGCGCUGAACAACCGCCGAGCCUCUCUCACCGUCGGAAUGACUGUUGGAGGUAGCUCCACCAUCAACGGCCAGUUCUUCGACCGCGGACACAAGCUCGACUAUGACGAGUGGGCCAAGAUUGGCAGCCCCGAGUUUGACGAUGCCGCCGAGAGCUGGGACUGGGAUAACAUCCUCCCAUUCUUCAAGAAGAGUGUCACCUUCUUCGAGCCGUCCGAUGAGAAUGCGGAGAACUAUGGGUAUACUUGGGAUGUGGAUGCCGCGUAUGGUUUGAACGUCUCGCACAUCCAGGCCGUAUACGCGCAGUAUCAGUUCCCCAUCCAAAAGAUUGCCUGGGACGCCUUUGUCGAAAUGGGCCUGCCCACACCAACAGAGUGCGCCGGCGGCGACAAGCACGGCGUCUGCUGGGUCCCCGCUUCCCAGUACUACAUUGAUGGUCAGCGGUCUCAUGCCGGACGCGGCCAUUACCUCGAGGUCGUCGAGGAUCGUUCCAACUAUGACCUGCUUGUGGGACACAAGCCCGUCGGCUCCACCGAUGAGGCUGACAUCCGCACCGUUACCCCUAACCUCGAGGUCGUCGUCUCGGCGGGCGCUAUCCACUCGCCCCAGAUCUUGCAGCGAAGCGGUGUAGGAGAGUCCGGCUUUCUCGAGUCUGCGGGAAUUGACGUUGUAGUUGACCUGCCUGGCGUCGGCCACAACUUCCAGGAUCACUGCGGCCCCGGAUCUUCGUUUUCUCUUGCCGAGUCUGUCCAGCCCAGCCAGGGCUCCGUGACCAGCAACGCGACUUUUGGCGCCGAGGCGCGGGAGCUCGCCAUCUACCUCUCAUUGCCCGUCAUCGCCGAGGACUUUGCCGAGAUCAUCGACGCCAUCCGCGCCCAGGUCGAAGACGGCAGCGCCCUCGACUACCUCUCCGAAGGCACCCCCGAGAGCGUCCGGGACGGAUACCUCGCGCAGCUCUCGCUCCUCGCCGACUCGCUCGAGAACCCCGAGCAUCCCGUCCUCGAGGCCCCCUGGAUGAGCUCGACGCCCGGCGGUGGCUUCCUGCUGAAGCCCCUCAGCCGCGGCACCGUCAUGCUGGAUCCCGAGGACCACGACGCCGAGCCCAUUGUCGACUACCGCACCGCCGCCAACCCCAUCGAUCUGGACGUCAUGUCGCGCUUCCUGCCCUUCUUCCGCCGCUACUACGAGACGGAUACCAUGGUGGCCCUCGGCCCCAGGGAGGUGGCACCGGGCUCCAACGUUACCGAGUACGCCGACAUCAUCAAGUACAUCCGCGGCAACAUUACGCCGUCCUUCAUGCACCCUUGCUGCACGGUUGCCAUGAUGCCCAAGGAGAAGGGUGGCGUUGUCGGUCCCGAUCUCAAGGUUCACGGGCUCGACAGGGUCCGCGUCGCUGAUAUCAGCAUCAUUCCUCUCAUUCCCGGCACCCAUACUAGCGCCACGGCCUACGCCAUUGGCGAGAAGGCUGCCGAUAUCGUCAUCCGCGCUUGGGCCGAGGAGGCUGAGGAGCCCGUGGAGGAGGCUCCCAAGUGCAAGACUAAGCGAUCCCCUCGACGAUUGAACUAA